UAUAAUAUGUUAAACUAUUUAAAAAAACUGACACGUCGUUGUUGUAAGAAGAUAACGAGUGAAACUCACGAGAAUCGCAGCAUUAUUUGCAUGAGCGUUCGCCAUCAAAUUGGAGGGCUAAUUUGCCGGUCACGUUUUUGUGCUAAUAGGUUUCAAGAUAGCGAUGGCGGUGUGCAAAUCGGUCGGCGCCGACGAGAGCGUCGUGGAGGACAGCUAUUGCGAUGCAAACAGCAGGCCAGAGAAGACCUUAAUGCCGUGCAACACGCAUCCCUGCACAACGAAGUGGAUGAACGGGGAAUGGAGCGCGUGCAGCGCGAGCUGCGGCGGUGGUUCGCGAACGAGGUCCGUCUUCUGCACCGAAGAGAAUGGGAACGAAACCACGAAGCUGCCCGAUCAUAAGUGUAGCAGCACGCACAAACCGCGUACUCAAGAGACCUGCAACACCGUGUCCUGCCCGAUGUGGGAGACCGAUAAAUGGAGCGAGGUGAGGGUGCAUGCGAUUCCACGCGAGUAAAACGCGCCGGGAUACAAGCGGAGACACGGUGCCUCGCUCGUAUCAUUUAAGAGCGAAAACGUUAAGCCUUCUCAGCCACAAUCACGGAUUUAGGUACACUCGCAGGGUCCAACGUACAGUCGCAAACGUCACGCACACAC